UGAAGGAGGUUAUUCCAUUGGAAAGCUAUCAUGUUCUACUGUAAAUAGGGGACUUCGGGAAACCCGGUGGGUGGGUGGUCAGACAAAACGUACCGUAAUUUCGAACUCAAUCAUGGGCGGAAAUAGCUCCUCAAGCAGCAUCUGCAGCCGCUCCCGUUGGAGAUACCUAUUGUUCACCACAUUUUGAACGAGUGGAUCCAUUCUAGAAGCUGAAAAUGUAUUAUUCGAUUGACUCCGCUAUUCUUCGAUGUCGGCAUAUGGUCUGUCAAGCUAAAGGCGUAGGGCAAAGCCGGGCAACUACUGCAGACCGAAGGGGCUGUGUAGGGGUUAUGUACAGUAGCGUGGAGGCGCAGACCUACCUCUGGGUGAGGAGAAGAGGUAGGCUGUAGGAGGGCUGUUUUCGGUGUAAUCGAGAGUCGCACAGCGCCGUAGAAGCAUGUGAGUGCUAGAAAGUUGCCUUACACGCCUGUCUUUGGUGGCUGAGGGGAAGGCAUGCUGGGGAUUUUCCACGGCUUUAGAAGCAUCACCAGACAAGUUACUGAUUUCGCUUCACUGGUGAGUUCUCUUUACAGCGCGUCUUUGGAAAGGUGGUACAGAUUCCAUCGCCUCGUUGCACUGCCCAUGGCAUACUAGUGAUCUUAUGACAUGACACGGGACAAGUAUACCUUUCUUUAGCAGGCACACUGCACCAGGGUCUGUGGAAGGGCUGGCGAAGAAUUUCGCCUCUACAACCAGCGCAAGACCGAAUUUACACUGUAUUAAUUACCACAACUUUGAAACUUCAGCUAAAUGGCGGCAGCCUAGCGGCCAUGGGACCGGGCCGCCUUGUCGAUCAGCGGUGGCGAGUUUGAGGCGCAUGCAUGAAGAGGGAGCGACCGUGAGCCCUCAGUCGACGUUCGAAGGGAAUAAUUUUGUAACUGUGAUGCAGUAAAGGCGUUGAAAUGAAGACUAUGAUGUUUUGGUCUAUGUGAGAAACACUAGUCGGAUUUACAACGUUGUCUGACUUAUACAGAAACGCACGAGACUUCGUCGACCCUGGGAGCCUUCUCUUGCAGCCCGUCAGCCACCGGCAUUAGCUGAAAGUCAAUCUGCAGCCUCUCCCCGAAAAUUGCGCCGACUGUAACAACUAGUCUCCAGGUCCUCUUUUGGGGUCCGUCGGUGGCAGCUUUGGGGAAAUUCGUGGCGCACGCAUCUGAGUUGGAGGCCCGUUGCGUUGAAGAAAGAAACAAAAUCUCAGGCACCGCCUUGUGUUGUACGAUGCAAGACAACCAUGUGACGCAGAGCCCAACUAAGACAAUUGGUUGACAAUGUCGAGACAAUCUGUAUUCGAUUUCAGUUUCGUUCCCGACUGGUGGUAUACACCGGAUAGAAGACGUCGUGAAGAUUACGAGUUGGGGGAACAAGAGCAGCAACAGGAAGAGCAGCAACAACCGCCUAGCAAUGACACGCCCAUCAUACUCGAGCCACCACCCGCCCUGGCUCUGACACCCCCUACUGAAGACGACACAGUCAGCGCAGGGUUUUCGCCGCCAUCGAGAGCCGGCUCACAUUUAACCCAGACGAGUGUGUCGGGAUCGAAUCUUGGGAGAGAUAGUUCGAGUGUACAGUGUCCUCCUACGCCUGAUGAUGGAGCCAAUGCCGACGCCAUGGCCGGCCGUGCAGGUGUUAUUCGACCCAUUAAGGCCGAGGUCCACCACGACAGCAAAUCAGUGUUUGUUAAGCCCGGUAAAGGAAGAGAAUUACACAGAAAACUACGUGGGAUUCACAUUGCGAUGAUUGCUGUAAAUGCCACUCUCGGGUCCGGGCUUUACUGGCGAGGCGGACAGGUCUUGGAGCUUGGAGGCCCCUUGUCUACACUACUGGCGUUUCUACUACCUGGAAUUCUGGCAAUGGCGGUGAUGCAGUGUAUUACAGAGAUGUUGUGCAUCUGGCCUAUCCCUGGUGCCUUAUCUGCCUAUGUCAGCGAGUUCGUUGAUGUGGAACUGGGCAUUGUUGUCGGUCUACUGUACUGGUUUACGUAUGCGGCGUCGUUUGCGGCCCUCAUCGCGACUUGUGCCGCCGAGAUGCACUAUUGGGGUGUGGGAGGCCCAGCAUUCGACGGCACGGUGCUGUAUUUUCUGAUCCCUCUCUUCUUGAUACUACUCAACUGCUUCAGUGUCAUUAUCUAUGGCUGGCUCGAGGUUAUCACUAGCUUCAUUAAGCUAUCGUUUCUUCUCGCCGUGAUUGUCAUCAUGGUUCUUGUUAAUCUGCGAGGGGAUCAUGCCAAGGGUAUCCAAUACUGGUCGAACGCGGUCGAAUACGAUACUGAUGCUGCCAAUAGCUGGGGCAAUGCAUUUAUCAUGUGUAUAUCGAUUGCCAGUUUUGCCUAUGUCGGUGUCGAAGUCGUCGCAGCAUCCGCCCUCGAAGCCCGAUGGCCCACGGUAAAGCGAGACGGCCCCGAGCGAGCAGACUCAAACCUAUCCAACUCGUCUACGCAGGAACCUGUUGUCGGUCAGACGCUCAAGUUCUCGUCCAUCUUCAUUCCGUUCAUCAUUACGGCGGCCUACGUCAUUGCUGGACUGCUUGCAUCCUUCAACAUCUCACGAAGCGACUACCGCCUACCACGUCUUAGUUGGCGAACGAAGCAACCCGAAAGCUCACUGAGCAAUUCCACAACCAAGGGCUCUACAAUCUCUGCGUUUGUGAUUAUUUCAAAAGAAGCACAUAUGGGAAUGAUGGACCAACUCAUCAACGUCUUUCUUGUCUUCACCGUCAUGAGCUGCGCCAGCACCAACCUCUACGUUGCUUCUCGCACGCUGUUUGGUCUGACGGCGCGGCUAGAUGAAGCGACGAAUCAAUCCCUGAUGUUUCGCUUUUUGGCUUGGUUUGGCAAGACUAAUAGGUUUAGAGUGCCUAUGCGCGCCGUCAUCUUCUCGGCUGUGUCGUUUUGCUGGGUGCCAUUCCUGCAGCUAGACGGUGAAUCGCGCGACAUUUCUACGUUUAUUGAGAUUCUGAGUACCAUGGCCACGAAUUCCGUCAUCAUUGUAUGGGCCUUUGAAUGCCUGGCCUUUAUCCGAUACUACCACUGCUUGGAAAGGCAUAAAGAGGCUCUACAAGAAGAGAAUGUUGCACAGGUAGAUCGAUGGGGGCCAGACUAUCCCUAUCGCAGCCCAUUCCAACCAAUCAUGGCGUACUUGGCAUUGGCUGGGUGCGUGUUUGUUCUUGUCGUCGCCAACAGCUCUCUUAUGUGGAAAGGAUUCCAUCUAACGCCGUUCCUCUCUACCUUUUUAUUGCAAAUCGUUUUCGUAUUUGUUUACUUGGCUCUCAAGUUUCGAAGUCGUUCUUGGGCUAUGGUUGAUCUGAGCAAUCCCGAUGUGGUGGCGCGCAAGAUCACCAAAUUAAACGAUAUCCGCCUGCAGACACUUGAUGAUAACGAAAAUAUCAGAAAUCAGCAAAAGUAGUCUGCCGGAUAAAUUUACAUUUAGCACUGCCAGUACCUUUUGGUGAAGAGACGCUCUGAUAUGUAGCUCAAAGGUCACGCUGGAUACUCCGAUUAAUGUGCAACGUUUGUACCAAUAUUCAUGUCGCAUAUCGCAAUUACCUGGCAUUUAUGAUACAUCCAUGCUUCAUUCUAUCUAAUAAAAGUAUUAUAUAUGCAAUAAUAUUAUGCAG